AUGGCCAAAGAACACCGACAAACCGCCCCGGAAGCGUCCAAGAUUAUCGAACGAGAUAGAUAUGUCGACGACAUGAUACAUUCCUGCCCAUCAGUAAGCGACGCCUUCCAGAGAAUAACAGACCUAGAGAAAAUACUCAGUACCGGUAGCUUCAAAAUUAAAGAGUGCCAUUGUUCUUCAGAUCAGUUACAGGAACGUUUGCGUGAAAGAAGUGAAUUACCAACAAAUUUAAAGGUUGUCGAACCUCAACGAGAAUCGCCCGACGCGAAUCAAGUUAGUCUAGACGGAGAACCAGGAGUUAAAACGCUCGGAGUUUCGUGGAAACCAAAUACAGACACAAUCAAUUUUGACGCGAAACUAAAUGACAAAGAGCCUUACACCAAGCGAGUCAUCCUAUCGAACAUCUCGAGAAUAUUCGAUCCAUUGGGUCUGGCAUCAGUUGUUACAAUUAAAGCAAGAAUUGCACUUCAGGAGAUCUGGAAAAUGAAGAAAUUUGAAUGGGACGAUUUAUUGCCAAAGGAGAUGCAAUUAACCUGGAGGAAGCUGUUUACAGAGAUCGAAGACUUGAAGACCGUGCAGUUUCCCCGAUGCCUUCAGCCGCCGUCUGCAUUUGGUUCCCCAGAGUUACACGUUUUUGCUGAUGCUAGCAUUCUUGCAUACGGAGCAGCAGCCUAUCUUGUCUGGUCUUCCUCCAGUGGAAGAGAAGUACGCCUCGUAUCCGCAAAGGCCAGAGUUGUUCCUCUUCGCCAGACAACUAUACCCCGUCUAGAACUCAUGGCAGCUCUAUUAGCGACAAGAUUGGCCAAAACCAUCUACGACGAGUUUAAGAUUAAACCUUCGAAAGUAACAUUGUGGUCGGACUCCAUGAUUGUUCUCGCAUGGCUUCGCUCAGAAUCUACCCUACUCAAGUCCUUUGUUGGUGUCCGAAUCGCAGAAAUUCAAGCGUCUUGGGAACCCACAGUUUGGCGAUAUGUUCCAACAAACCUCAACCCAGCCGACGACCUAAGUCGUGGUAUUUCCGUCCAUGAAAUGAAUGGAAGAUGGAUGAACGGUCCGUCGUUCCUGAGAAAGAAUUCUGAUGAAUGGCCCACAGAAGUCGACAAAGCAUCGCCCGAAAUACCCGAAGUGAGAGUUAAGAAACCCUUGUUUGCCUUAGUGCAACCAGCCGUUAAAGGUUUCAUCAUUGAUGCCUCCAGAUUUUCAAGUUGGCAGAAACUUUGCAGAGUGACAGCGUAUUGCUUACGUUUCAUCAGCAACGCAAGAUCCCUACGUGUAUGUGGUCCACUGUUACCGGAAGAAAUCGAGUUAGCCGAGAGCUAUUGGAUUAAGUCAGCCCAAAGUGAAUUGGAAGAUUGGAAAGACCGUUAUAGAGACUUAGCGCCCUAUGAGAAAUACGGAAUUAUCCGUGUCGGAGGAAGACUCACCCAAUCCCCCUUAUCCUACGACGAGAACCACCCGAUGUUGUUACCUCCAGAUCACGUUAUUUCGAAGUUAGUAGUGGAGGAUUCCCACAACCGUGUAUUCCAUUCCGGUCGCGAACGUACCCUGUGUGAAGUCCGAAGAAAAUUCUGGAUUGUUCGAGGAAGAAAUUUAGUUAAGAAGAUAGUGAAAGAUUGCGUGACCUGCCGUAAACUUAGACAGUAUCCCUAUACUACGUUAAUGGCCGACCUACCUCCUGAUAGAUUAAAGCUGUUCUCGCCACCAUUCACAGCCAUUGGAGUAGAUCUGUUUGGUCCAUUUCACCUGAAGUAUGGUAGAAACAAGAGAAUUAAAAGCUGGGGAGCUGUUUUCACCUGCGCAACCGUUCGUGUUAUACAUUUGGAGAUUGUCCAAGAUCUAUCCACCGAAGCCUUUCUACACGCCCUGCGACGUUUCGCAGCAUGUCACGGAUGGCCUACGACUAUUAUUUCAGAUAAUGGGACAUCCUUUAUUGGUGCUGAAAGCGAGCUGAGAAAGUUGAUGAAAGAAGGAAGAAAGGAAAUUGAAGAUUUCGCAGUCACCCACAAGAUAAAGUGGCGUUUCAACACGCCAUUGAGUCCUCACCAGGGAGGAAUGUUCGAAAGCAUGGUGAAACAAACGAAGACUGCUUUGAAAGUUGUAGUUGGUCAACAAAUUUGGUCCUGGAACGAGAUGUCAACAGUGUUUGCGGAAGUCGAAUGCUUAGUAAAUAGUCGACCUCUUGGAUACCCUUCCAAUGAUGCGAACGACCUGCAACCCCUGACUCCCAACCACUUCAUCCUUGGUUGUGCAACAGCCGACAUCCCGCAAGGUCCUUUUCGAGAAGCGAAAGCCUACCGAAAGCGAUUCGAGUUUGUCCAGUCAUUAGUCCAGCAGUUCUGGAGUCGGUUCCAGCGAGAAUAUCUCCAAACUCUGAUACGAAGAACGAAGUGGCAACGUAAAGAACGGCAGUUCAAAGUCGGUGAUAUUGUUCUGUUGGUUGAUGCUAAUCUUCCCCGAGGGAAAUGGAACAUGGCGCGAGUGGUCGAGGUUUUUCCCGGGAAAGACGGUAUUGUACGUAACGUGAAGGUAAAGACGAAGACGGGAGAGUACAAACGAUCAGUACAGAAAUGUUGUACAAUAAUGGAAGAAGAUUCUUCCUGAGUGUGGCCCCGGAGGGUUGUUACGGACAGUACAGUGAAAUGCUGAACUUAAAAUAUAUUAAUUCUUAAUCCAUUUAUACAGUAUUUAUUAACUAUUUCAAUUUGAUUAUAACCUGAUUUAACUCUGAUUUGCAUGCUGUAAUAUGAUACAAAAGUGUUGACUGAUAGUAACCGGACAGUGAACAAUAAUAGAUAGCGAGUAAGUUUGUAUAAGAAGUUUGUGUCUGUAUGACAGGAGCGCGUGCUUUCAAGCUGUAGAGACCCACUCUUCAGGUAUUUAUUGAUCAUUUGUAAUGUGUUUAUCGUUUAUUUUCCUAAUGAAGUAUUAUUGAAUGUAACCUAAUCAAAUCCAAUCAUUUUAGAAUGUAUUAUUAAAAUAUAUUACGAAAAUCUCUACGGUGUUCAAUCAUGGUUUUGCCUAUCGGAAACAUAGUCCCUAUCAUGAACGUCGCGAAUAACUAUGUCGAUUGCAUAUGUCUGAUACAAACAUAUUGAGCUAUAAAUUUUACGCUGCUGUGCCUAGUAUAAUUGUGGCCAACGCUCGAGCAUCAAAUUUUGCUAUUUUAUCUCCUAGACCUAGUAUAUGUUCGUGCCCCUUAAUGGUAGACCGAUACAUUUCAUGUGUAUGUGUUGUUCGGAAAUAUUCCAUAAAUUGCUACGAUUUGGCCUUUGGGAUUUCCCGAUUGAAAACUGAAAUGAUUUGUGCGAUGUCGGGCUAAUUGCCAACCGAGCGCGCUAGCCGCUGCUAUUUCGACAGAAUAUGAUACCUCUACACUUUUCAGCCGUAAUUUUCAGCGCACAUUGUAAUCAUGUACAUAUCGUUUAAUUUAGCUUCAAAAACUUGAUAAAAAACAUGUUAUUCGUGUUCGUUCCCGCGGAGCGCAAUGGUGUCAUAGUUGCCAGAGGCAGAGCACAUGCAAAGCCGCCUCAGUAUAAAUCAUGUAUGUAACGGAAAAUCUUGGUUAUUUCAGUCUAAUAAAGUCAACCUAAAAUAUGAUUCGGAGUUACAGUGGGAAUUGUAUAAAACACUACCUAAUGAAGUAAAUAUAAACAUGCGGAAAGCAAAAUCUAAGUACUUUUGUGAUAAAAUCCAGGCAAAGCUACUUUUUGGUGUUUAAAUUAAUUUCAUAUUUUUUUAACAUUCGUAUAUAUACCAUGCAGAAAAAUAUUCCUUUUAGCAUUCAUAGAUUCUUACCUCUCAACAUUUUACAACACCUCAGUCGGUCGAUAUUGUGGAGCCAGUCCGCUCCACGAUAUACUCCAACAACAUAGAAACCAGCCUUAGUACAAGUUGACCAUCCUUUCCUAUCAAACUUGAAUCUGAUAUUUUCAUCAUAACAUUGGUCAUACCGUUUGGGAUGAUUCACAGGUUUACAACAUUUUCCUACUUCUAUGUUAUGCAAGUUUUGUCCUGCAGUACGAUACAGCGGCCAUUGAGAAAGCACAGUCCCGCUGGACAAACACUCCAAGAUUUUGGCCUCAAUUGAAAAUGUUUUCAAAAAGCAUGUAUACAUAAGAAGGUUUGAUAAUGUCAAGUAGGCUUUUAUUUUAUGGUCUAUAUAUGUACCUUCCCAAUAUAAUCGAUCAGGCUUUAAAUUUUUUUGCCCACAUAUAGUAUUGUUCUGCCUAUUAGCCUCAUCUUAACCUUAUCUUUCUAACCUAAACCCUACUAAACGUUAUAAGCUAAUAUAUUAACAUAAAACUGAACAGCCGUGAUACUGUGACAUCAUUUCGGCAUGUUAUAAGAAAACCCCCCUAAUGCUGCACAGUAUUUCCACGUUAUCUUUGAAACAAGUUCAGAUAUUUAUAACAGAAAAGUUACUUUUAUCUGAUAAGUUUCAAUCCACUCAUAUUUGCCUGAUUAAAAUAUCCGUCUCAUAAUACAUUUUGAAGGAAUUUGUGAAAAUACUCAAUGCUUUUCUGACGUCCUGAAGUGAUAGUCUCUGGCCCGUAGGAAAAACAGUUGGGUUGUAAUUAAAAAUAGUAAACUGGUGUCGACACCCGGGCAGAUGAAACAAAAUGUCGUACACUUUUUAGAACAAAAAUGAGGAUAAGUAACAAGUGCAUGUAAACCUGCAUGACGUAUAAUAAUGCCACUGAAAAUAGUGAGGUGCAUAUCUAGGGCACGGUGCUGGAAUCGAAAAACUACUAGUGCGCAUUUCAUUACUUGUCAAGAGAGCUCCACCAAUUCGCAUUUUUACAUUCACUUCUUUCGUUUCGAUAAGAUAAAUCAGACGAACAACAUUUUGCUUCUUCCAGUCGAUAAAUCUCAUCCCUGUUCCAGGCGCCUAA